CACGCGACUGCACUCACACACAUUUCUUAUUCGGUGUGUUUUUGCUCAGGAGUCCAGGUGUGAAAGCGUCCACAGCUGGUUCGCUCAGUAUGGGUAUAGAGGCCUGGUACAUGGACAGCUCUGAUGAGGACCAAAGGAAAGCGCACAGACUGAACCCAAACCAGCCUGUGUCCAUGGACGAGUUAAAGGGGCUCGGCGUAUUUUACUGGAAGCUGAAUGCUGACAUCUAUGAGACAGACCCAGAGCUGGAGCGGAUCCGCAAAGACCAAGGCUACUCCUACACGGACAUCAUCACUAUUCACAAGGACACACUGCCCAACUAUGAGGACAAGCUGAAGAUGUUCUAUGAGGAGCACCUGCACUUGGAUGAUGAGAUCCGCUACAUCCUGGACGGCCAGGCCUACUUUGACGUCAGGGACAAGGAGGACCGGUGGAUCCGAAUUGCCAUGAGCAAAGGAGACCUGAUCACCCUACCGGCAGGCAUCUACCACCGCUUCACCCUGGAUGAGACCAACUACACUAAAGCCAUGAGGCUGUUCGUCGGGGAGCCUGUGUGGAAGGCCUACAACCGUCCGGCCGAUGACUUUGAAAUCCGUCAGAAGUACAUGGCGUCUCUGCAGGGAUCCUGAGAGAGAGAGAGAGAGAGAGAUAUGCCACACACGUCAUCAUCUACAGACUGGACUCCUUCAGGGUCUCUAAUGUGAUUCUGCCCGGCCAAUAAAGCAGGUUUUCAGUUUGAAACGUUCUGUAGAAAAGGAGAUGGAGAUCAUGCUCCUCUGGAUACUAAGGUGGUUUUUAGUGCUAAAUUAAGUGUUUACAUUUAUAGUCAAGGUGGAAAUUGAAAUGAUCACAGUUACUCAAGUACAAUUUUAGGUGCAGGUAUGUAGAACUUUGAUUAGCAGUAAUUAGUACUUUGCUGCUUGUACACAAGGGUUUGAAGACACCUUUCACCACUGGGCAAUCUGUAGUGCCUUAUUCUCUUUAGUGAUUUGAAACCUUUUACUCAACUGAAAAUAAAACUGCUGCUAUUUUCA